AUGUCGGACAUCGCAAAGAGAGAUUUCGAGAUGCUCGCCGUGGAUGGCAGCAACUACCUCACUUGGGCGACCGACAUCGAGAUCAGACUCGAUGGCAUGGGCCUCGAUCAUACCAUUAUCCAGCCUGAAGCUGGCAAGGAUGAGCGCACAAAGCAGGACAAGGCAAAGGCGUUGCAUUACCUGCGACACCAUCUUCAUCCUGACUUGAAGUGCGAAUACAUGACGGAGAAGGAUCCGCUAGUCUUAUGGCAGUCCCUGAAGGACCGCUUCAGCCAGCAGCUGACUAUUGUGCUCCCCAGAGCACAACAAGACUGGAUCAAUCUACGCUUUCAAGACUUCAAGUCUGUGGCUGCGUACAACUCCGCCUUGCACAAGAUUGUGACCAAACUGCGUCUAUGUGGCCAGAAGAUCACUGACGCUGAUAUGAUUGAGAAGACCAUGUCCACCUUCCACCCCGGCAACAUUAAUGAGGUUCUCAUGAACAAUCAUUCUGCCCGGCCUACUGGUUCCAUAGCUGUGCCUGAAGCACAUGCAAAUGUUGCUGAGAGUUCUCGCAACCGCAAGAGGGGCCGUGGAAAGGGAAGAUGGAAGGGGAAGAAGGGUGCCAUGUUCAAGGUCAAAGGAAAGGGAAAGCCCAAGGGUAGGUUCGACCCUAAGAAGGAAAGAGGUGACCACAGUGGGGAAGAGCAAGGCGAUUGCUAUAGAUGUGGAGCAAAGGGGCAUUGGUCCCGUAAUUGCCGCACCCCCAAACACCUCGUUGACCUUUACCAGCAGAGCAAAAACAAGAAUAAAGGUCAGCAUGAGUCCCAUUUCCUCACUGAGCCUGAAGCUCGGCCUGAGAAGCACGACGACGGGGUCGUCGGUGCAAGUGGAGACGUCCGAAUGGACGAGAGUGAGGACAACCUUCUUGAUGACUUUGAUAUAUUUGGAGACCUGCAGUAA